GCACGCGCAUCGCGGUUACGCUAAGAUGUGCGGAGCAGCAGUGAUUAGUGUGUGAGGAGGAAAAAAAAAAGGAAACCCAGGACGUUGGAAAGGAAGGAAAAGCUGACCAGGUUGAUAUGUUAAUAAGGAGAAGAAAUAUGGAAAUGAAGGAGAAGUGAUAAUAAUAUAUUACGGGGAAUUAGAAAUGGGUUUCUGUCAUGGGCCGUUUUGUGAGUUGGAAGUUCGCGCGAGGGAACAUUUGUGAGAGGAGGAGGAAAAUCCGUUGGGAUAUUUAAACAGGGCAGAGUCGCGAGCGCUGCUGAGCGCAAUCAGUGUUCCCGAGGAGGACGCUGCCGCUGCUACUGCUACUAUAUCUACAUCUACUGCGAGGAAGAAACACAGGAUUGUUGCGCAUUGUUUUAAAUGUUUCGAGAAGCAGCUGUGAUGUCUUGAAGCGUUCUCUGUGCCUUUUCUGAAGAACCCACACGCUGAGAGCUGAUGGGCCGCACGGCUCCAACAUGAGCAUUCGCGAUGUUGGCGGGCGGCGCCGCUGCUUCGAGGAUGCGGAGCUCACGCUGCGUGUCUACCCCGGUGCAAUCGCCGUGGGUACCAUUUACUGCCCCAUCUUGGCCCGCAAGAGAACGACGGCUGCCGAGGUUAUCGAGCAGGUGAUUGCUCGGUUGCGGCUGGACCGCACCAAAUGCUACGUGCUGGCCGAGGUGAAGGAGUUUGGUGGCGAGGAAUGGAUCCUGAACCCGAGCGACUGCCCGGCUCAGCGCAUGAUGCUGUGGCCUCGCGCUGCGCUAGAGAACCGCUCCGGAAGCGAGGACUACCGGUUCUUGCUGCGUGAGAAGAAUGUGGACGGUUCCAUCCACUACGGCAACGUGGCCAUGUGGCUUCAGUUGACUGAGGAACGUCGGCGCAUGGUGGAGCGAGGACUGCUGCCCCCGCCUCAGCUCCAGGACCACGAUGAUCUAUGCAAGCUUCCUGACCUGAGUGAGAAGACGCUGCUGGAGAACCUGCGCACUCGCUUCAAGCAGGAGAAGAUCUACACGUACGUGGGGAGCAUCCUUGUUGCCAUCAACCCCUUCAAGUUCCUGCCCGUCUACAACCCCAAAUACGUCAAGAUGUACGACAACCACCAGCUGGGUAACCUGGAGCCGCACAUCUAUGCCGUGGCUGAUGUGGCCUACCAUGCCAUGCUGAAACGGAAGCGUAACCAGUGCAUCGUCAUUUCUGGAGAGAGUGGCUCAGGGAAGACGCAGAGCACCAAUUUCCUCAUCCAUCAUCUCACUGCUCUAAGUCAAAAGGGCUUCGCCAGCGGGGUGGAGCAGAUCAUUCUCGGAGCUGGGCCAGUGUUGGAGGCCUUUGGCAAUGCGAAGACUGCCCACAAUAACAACUCGAGCCGCUUUGGCAAGUUCAUCCAAGUCAACUAUCAGGAGAGCGGCACUGUCAGAGGUGCUUACGUGGAAAAGUACUUGCUAGAGAAGUCUCGGCUUGUUUAUCAGGAGCACAAUGAAAGGAACUACCAUGUGUUUUACUACCUGCUGGCAGGCACGAGUGAGGAGGAGAGGAACGCGUUCCAUCUCCUUAAGCCUGAAGAAUACCAUUACCUCAGUCAGAUGACACAGAAACCGCAGAAACAGCACUGGGAAUAUUACUAUGAGAGCGAACUGGACUGCUUCACAGUGGAAGGAGAGGAUCUGAAGCACGACUUUGAGCGUCUGCAGCUGGCUAUGGAGAUGGUGGGGUUCCUGCCGACCACACGAAAACAAAUCUUCUCAUUGCUUUCAGCCAUCCUUCAUUUAGGCAACAUCCGGUAUAAGAAGAAAACGUACCGGGAUGACUCCAUCGAUAUCUGCAAUCCUGACGUUCUGCCUAUUGUCUCCGAGUUGCUGGAGGUGAAAGAGGAGAUGUUAUUCGAAGCCCUGACGACGCGAAAGACAGUGACGGUGGGAGAAAAGCUCAUCGUGCCCUACAAAUUGGCCGAGGCUGGAACUGUGCGUGACUCCAUGGCUAAGUCUCUGUACAGCGCUCUGUUUGACUGGAUCGUGUUCAGAAUAAAUCACGCCCUGCUCAACAACCGAGAGCUGGAGGAGUCGGCCAAGAUCUUAUCCAUCGGCGUCCUCGACAUCUUUGGCUUCGAAGACUAUGAGAACAACAGCUUUGAACAGUUUUGCAUCAACUUCGCCAACGAGAGGCUUCAGCAUUACUUCAACCAGCACAUCUUUAAGCUGGAGCAGGAAGAGUACAGGGCAGAGGGCAUCACCUGGCAUAACAUAGAUUACAUCGACAACACCGGCUGCAUCAACCUCAUCAGCAAGAAACCCACAGCACUGCUCCACCUACUGGAUGAGGAGUGCAACUUUCCGCAGGCCACCAACCAGACACUGCUGGAUAAGUUCAAGCGGCAACACGAGGGCAACAGCUACAUCGAAUUUCCUACAGUCAUGGAGCCAGCCUUUAUCAUCAAACACUACGCUGGAAAGGUCAAGUACGGUGUGAAGGACUUCAGGGAGAAGAACACAGAUCACAUGCGGCCAGACAUUGUCGCUUUGCUGAAGAGCAGUAGAAACACCUUCAUUGGUGGCCUGAUUGGCAUCGACCCGGUGGCUACAUUCCGCUGGGCUGUGUUGCGUGCCUACUGCAGAGCCGUGGUGGCCUUCAGGGAGGCUGGGAGGAGACACACUGAGAAGAAGAGUGGGCAUGACGCUGCUGCUCCAUGCACAGUUUUGAAAAGUGUGGAUAGUUUUAGCUUUCUGCACCACCCUGUGCAUCAGAGAAGCUUAGAGAUCCUGCAGAGGUGCAAGGAGGAGAAGUACAGUGGAAGCAGGAGGACUCCUCGCACACCGCUCUCAGAUCUUCAGGGCAGUAACAACGAGCGCUCAAACCGUGAUGGCAAGAAUGGACGCUCUGGGAGACAAAGUCGAUUAUCUUCCGGUGGCUCAAUCACAGAUGAAGAUGGGAUUUUCAUCAACUCCACCAGCAGCAAGCUCCUAGAGAGAGCCCAUGGCAUUCUGAUGAGGAACAAAAACUACAAAAUGAAACCCAGUCUUCCGAAGCACCUGCUGAAUGUGAAGUCCCUAAAGUACCUGAGCAACCUGACACUACAUGAUCGCAUCACCAAGUCCCUGCUGCACCUCCACAAGAAGAAGAAACCUCCAAGUAUUAGUGCCCAGUUUCAGACAUCUCUUAAUAAACUGAUGGAGACUCUUGGCCAGUCUGAGCCCUACUUUGUGAAGUGUAUCCGAUCAAAUGCAGAGAAGCUGCCCUUGAGAUUUAAUGACCAUCUGGUACUGAGGCAGCUUCGCUACACAGGCAUGCUGGAGACUGUGCGCAUCAGACAAUCAGGCUAUAGCAUCAAAUAUACCUUUCAGGAGUUUAUCCGGCACUUUCAUGUAAUGCUGCCUGAGGACCUACAUGCCAUGCAGGAGGACAUCAGACACUACCUCUGCCAGGUGGACCUCGCUCCUGAUGGCUUUCAAGUGGGCCGCACAAUGGUGUUCAUGCGUGAGGUGGCUCGCCAAAGGCUACAGGAUCUGCUCCAUCAGGAGGUGCUGCGGAGGAUCAUCAAUCUUCAGCGGCGUUUCCGAGCCGUGCGAGAGAGGAAGAGUUUUCUCAGGAUGAAACAUGCUGCCUGCCUCAUACAGGACUGGUGGCAGAACUGCCAGGUCAAGCAAAAAGAUGAGCUGCUGAAGUAUGAUAAUAACGUCAGGCAGGGAGCAGCAAUCUGCAUUCAGUCGGCUUGGAGAGGUUUCCUAGAGCGCCGCAAAUUUCUGCUAUGGAAGGAAGCAGUAGUGGUAAUUCAAAGGAACUGGAUACUGUGCUGCCAUAGACGUGGUCAAGCUGCUGUCAUGAUCCAGGCUGCAUGGAGAAGCUACAAGGCCAGAGAGCGGUACACGCACCAGCGACACCUUAUCGUUCUCUUCCAGGCAGCAUGUCGAGGCUCUUUGGCAAGGCAGAGGUUCCGGAAACUAAGAGAGCAGAAGUUGAAGGACACACGGCUGCUGAAUGGACAAACAAGCUCAACUCCUCAGGAGAAAGAACUAAAGAUCAUGGGCCUGGAUGUAAACAUGUGGACAGACCAUAAUAACACGGAGCAGGAGAGAAGCUUCCCCCGUCUCUGUGAUGUCAAGGCUGCUCCGGAGGAGCUGUAUCAAAAGGAUAAACAGAUGCAAGGACAAGCAGCAGACGCACAACCCCAAGCUCAGGUGGUGAUCAGAGAACGAGCACGGCAGUUUGACGACUCCAGCCUGAAAACACGGGCUAAGAGAGAGAGCCGGCGUAUGCGAGAGUUAGAGCAGGCCAAGUUUAGCCUAGAGCUGCUUAAGGUGCGUGCCACAGGUGGAACAUCUCCUUCUGAGGACAGGCGCUGGUCUGUGGAGUUUGUCAAUGAUGGCACGCUCUCGCCGCAAGGCACUCCAGAUAGCCAAAGCUCUAAAGGAAGCUUCGAGCUGUUUAGUAUAGAGGACUAUGCUAAAGAGAGAGUGCCAUGUGACGAGCCUGGGGACCUUUCAUUUUCAAUACCAACCCAACAUGAAGUGCUCCCCAGCAGCCCUAAAAUAAACUUUCUCCUGAACCUGGCAUUCUAUCAAACAGCUCAAAAGUCAAACAUGAAAAGCUUGCUGCUGCCUAAAUUGGAGAACUCUCUCCCUACUUUCUACGUUCCGCCAGAGAGUGGCUCUAUAUUUGCAAAGUCCAAUAUAGACACCUCCACCUCACAGCAUCCAGAAAAGCCAGUAAAGGAAGGGAGGGAGUCUUGCCGCAGACCAGUAGUGGUUGUGAUUAGCAUGCAAAAAGAAUCCAUGCUUGAUGCAGCUGAUUUGAAGCCACUAGAAGUAAGGGACAGUUCAGCUCAGACCAGCGAGCCUCCCAGCCCGGCACAGGGUGAAAGUACCACCCGGUCCAUGCUGGAGAGGCUUGAGAAACUCAACGAGGCCAAACAGGAGCGGCAGAAGCAACAGCAGCAGAAGAAUGAGAAGGAGAUGAUGGAUCAGAUCCGGCAGCAAAAGGAGGUCCUGAAAAAACAACGCACACACAUUGCCAAAGUUGAAAGGGAGACAUUUGAGAAACAGAGAGGUGAGGCCCUGCAAAGGAUUGAGCAAAGUAGGCAAGAGAGAUCCAGAAAGGCCACAGACAGAAGUCCUUCUAUAGUUCAGCCAGAGCCUGAAUUCAUCUCCUCAAAACAAACAGAAGACAAACAAAGUAUGCCGUCAAAAAUAAGAGAAAGUCCAAAAGAUAGACGGAAUGUGUCAGAUGGAUGGUCCCCAAAACUCACCUUAGAGUCUCAAGAAGGCGUUUCCAAAGAAGCCCAGAAGAAAUCCUCUACCUUGAGUGCCAAUGUUAACAAGACUGACAUUUUUUUCUCACCCAAGGACAAAGUUGCCUUAUCAAAAUUUGAAACGGAAUUUGCCAGUAGCUUGAAGUCAGCAGGCAUUCAGAAGGAGGCCAGAACCUCAGACAUUAAAUCCUUGAAGCUUCUGAAAGGUCGUGAGGUUCCCAGACCAGGCCAUAAAAAAGCCCGCAUGGCGCGGACACGCUCUGACUUCCUGACCCGCGGUUCAAAUCCUCCAGGGGAGGGGGAGUCAGAGGAGGAAGAGUACGAUGAGACCCCUCUGUCUCUUGGCCCACCCCUCCCCAAGCAGGACACAGAGGGGGGGACACUAGACGAAUGUCACAGUGACUCUGAAAUGCCUUCCACAUCCAUCGAAGAGCAAAAGCAGAUGAUAUAUAAAGCCAUGUCUUCUGGGGAUCUCGGCAAGGGUGACUCCUUGAUCAAGAUUCCACAAGGAGAUGGAAGGGUUCGGGGUAAGAUGAAAUUCUGGGGAAAAGCAAAACAGGGAGAGAAGAAAUCAACCAGAGACAGACUGAUGUAUGCCGGGGGGUCUUUAGACGGGGACUAUCCUGAUAGUGCAUUCCCGAUGACUGAAGGGGAAUUCUUGUCCCCUCCCCACAGCCCUGAAUUCAGCUCUCUGCCAGAAUUCAAGGAGAACAAGGAGCCUUCACCAAAAAUGAAGCGACGUCGCAGUGUGAAGAUCAGCAGUGUGACUCUAGAACCCGCCCAAUGGCAGAACGAUGCACUGCAGAUCCUCACAUGUGCCAGCGACUACAGGAGUAUGAACGAGUUCCUCAUGAAGAAGAUCGCUGAUCUAGAUUCAGAGGAUGGUAAGAAAGACACGAUGGUGGAUGUUGUGUUUAAAAAGGCACUGAAGGAAUUCCGGCUGAACAUUUUCAACUCCUAUUCCACUGCUUUAGCUCUGGACGAUGGCAAGAGUAUCCGCUACAAGGACCUACACGCACUGUUCGAGCAGAUCCUAGAGAAGACCAUGCGUCAGGAGCAGAGAGACUGGAGCGAGUCGCCUGUUCGAGUUUGGGUGAACACCUUCAAAGUGUUCUUGGAUGAGUUCAUGACUGAGUACAAGCCACUGGACAGCACUAUAAACAAGAUUAUCAAGCCAGAACGAAAGAAAAGAAGGAAAAAGGACAUUGACAUUGUAGAGGAACACAAUGGCCAUGUUUUUAAGUCUACUCAAUACAGCAUCCCCACCUACUGUGAGUUUUGCUCCUCCCUCAUCUGGAUGAUGGACAAAGCGUGUGUCUGCAAAUUGUGCCGAUACGCUUGCCACAGAAAGUGCUGUCUGAAGACAACCAGCAAGUGCAGCAAGAAGUAUGAUCCUGAGCUGUCCUCAAGGCAGUUUGGUGUGGACGUCUCCCGUUUGACCCAUGACGACCGCUCAGUACCUCUGGUUGUAGAGAACCUCAUUAACUAUAUAGAGAUGCAUGGCCUCUACACAGAAGGCAUCUACAGGAAAUCUGGCUCUGCCAAUAAAAUCAAGGAACUGAAACAGGGUCUGGACACAGACGUGAGCAGUACAAAUUUGGACGACUACAACAUCCAUGUCAUCGCCAGUGUUUUCAAACAGUGGCUGCGGGAUUUGCCCAACCCCCUUAUGACCUUUGAACUGUAUGAGGAAUUUCUAAGAGCCAUGGGUCUUCAAGACAAGAAGGAGGCGGUACGAGGGGUGUACUCUGUGAUCGAUCAGCUCAGCAGAACUCACCUCAACACUCUGGAGAGGAUCAUCUUCCACUUAGUAAUGAUUGCUUUGCAAGAAGAGACCAACCGGAUGUCUGCCAAUGCACUGGCUAUUGUUUUUGCCCCUUGUAUCUUACGGUGCCCCGACACGAUCGACCCACUGCAGAGCGUUCAGGACAUUAGCAAAACCACAGCAUGUGUGGAACUGAUCAUUUGCGAGCAGAUGAACAAGUACAAAGCCCGACUGAAAGACAUCAACACACUGGAGUUUGCGGAGAGUAAAGCAAAGAGCCGUUUGACACUCAUUCGCAGGUCUAUGAAGCCUGUAGUAAUUGCAGUUAGGUUUAUGAGCAUAACCCGCAUUGCAGCAGCGGGUAAGGGACGACGCAAGCCCCCUGUAACAUAUCCCUUACAGUCUCCUCCAGUAAGUCCUCGCUCUACCUCCAUCCCUGAGAUUACAGAGGAGAUCGAAGACGAGGACACCUUUAGAGAUGCCGAGGUGACGGAGCAGCAGCAAGUUGCCAUGCAGCAAGAAGAAAAAGUCCUGACUGAACAGAUCGAAAGCCUACAGAAAGAGAAAGAGGAGCUUACAUACGAGAUACUUUCCCUGGAGCCUCGAGCAUCUGAUGAUGAGACGUUGGAGUCUGAAGCAUCUAUAGGGACUGCUGACAGCUCUGAAAACCUGAACAUAGACUCUGAAGGCGCCAUCUCUGAUUUUUCAGAAAAAGGUUCCACGUUACCUGCUACCCGGCCCAAGAAAUCCCAGGGGAAAAGCAGAAGGACACUACAGAGACAGCCUGACUCACUUGACUCUGUGGACUCUGGCUCCACCGUAUCCUCAGUUUCUUCAUCCUACCCACAGCCCUCUGCUCCGUCCCGCCGCUCCCAGCUCCGAUCCAAAAUGCCUUCGUCCAACCAGGACACAGCCGAGCAGGACGGCGAUGAGAUUCCCCACUUCAGCAGCCGAGGCACUUUCAACCCAGAGAAAAGCAAGCAGAAGCUGCGCAAUGCCAAGUAUUCUUCCCAGAGACGCCCAGAUGACCAGGGGCACACCAUAGACCCGGACCUUCAGGCACAGCAGCUAGUGUUAUACGGCACAAAUGAGUUCAUGGUGUGAAGUAACUGCACGUCUUCCCUUGUUAGCUCAUUCCUAAGCUCCGCUGGCUACAUCCUCUGUCCUUAAGUGCCAUGGACAAAAAGAGGAGAACAAGAUUGUUGAAAAAUCUCUGUCAAAAAGGGUCAUGUCCCAGACUGAUCUUUUCUGUUUUUGACUCAUGGUUAGAGAUGAACACAGAAGAAAGUUAAGGAAUGAUCAAGAGAAAAUAAAAACGGCGGGUGAGAGAGAGAGAGAAAGAGAUCGAGAUCGAGGGAGUUGAUUGUUCGGCUGCAGGCGGCUUUCCUCAGCCAGGAGACAAGGCCAUUUAUAGAUCAGGCUCCAUGAACGUGGCUGCUUUUGAAGUUUACACUUUAUAAUCAUGUUAAGCAGUGUGCUCAAUAAUUGUGUAUGUAUUUCACUCCCUGGCCUAUUUAAUAAAUUUUAAUUGCAUUAUAAAUAAUUAUAUAUAUAUAUAUAUAUAUAUAUAUAUAUAUAUAUAUAUAUAUAUAUAUAUAUAUAAAAUAAAUAAAUCUCUAUAAAAAUAUUUUAUGUGACAUAAAAUGUACAAAGCUGGAACACCAGUGACUUUCUGGGUUGUUAAAUUCUUAUAUUUAUCUUUAUGCCUGUUAUGAACAAGUGAUGUGAGACUGUAGAUGUGUGUGUGGAUGUUUGAGUAUAAUUACAGUAUGUAAAAACCACUUUGAAGUUU